UCAGUGUGCCCCCUUACAUUAGGUGUGCCCAUCAGAGUGCUCCUUUACAUCAGUUGUCCCAAUCAGAGUGCCCCUUUACAUCAGGUAUCCCCAUCACAUUGCAACCUUGCAUCAGGUAUUCCCAUCAGAGUGCCCCCUUACACUCAAAGUACCCCUUUCUAUCAUAUUUCCCCAUCAGAGUGCCCCUUUAUGUCAUAUUCCCCAUCAGAGUGCCCCUUUCCAUCACAAGUGCCCAUCAAAGUGCCCCUUUCCACAGUAUGUGACCAUUUGUGCCCCCUUAACAUAAAAUGUGCCCAUAAGAAUGUCCCUUGACA